AGAGCCGUUCCAACCGCCGGCGCGAUAGAGGGUCCUUCGAUUAUCCGGGCCAGAGGAGCUGAAAGAGCAAAGGUUGUUCUCUACGGUACCUACGCGGCAGAAUGUCGCCCGCGAUAUUGGCGAACCAAUUGACGCAUGCGUCCCGCCCCUACGAGGAACCGCCGCAAUUUUGGAAUCUUGUCAACAAACGCUACCCUACGUCCUUAACCCGUUAGCUGCGCGCGAGACCUCUCUCCCACCGGCAGCCGCACUCGAUCUUUUUUCCUGACCGACGCCGGAAGCGGUACGACGCGUCGCCUGCCGCAAACUUUGAAUAUUCGCUAGUGGAAACCUUGCAGUGAAAGUAACAGCCUUGAACGAUAGAUCGUUAGAUCGUUUCAGUGACUAUGCCAGUGUGUUCGUCGAUCGAUGUUCGGGGAUAAUUGAUGUAACAGUGAUUCCUCGUUUCAUUCUGGACGCUUGAUGAGGACUAGAAGCUAGACAGUUUAGAAGCUGAACACGUGUAACGCUAUGGACGAAGAGGCAGAAUCGCCAGCUGAACAAGCUAUCGCUGCGACGCUGUCUGAAAGCAUUGGCUUUCGACGCAUCGAUAUUGUUCUUGAUCAGCCUCAACAGGUGUACUACAGUGGCCAACAGAUUUCUGGACAUGUUCAUUUGGACGUUAGUGAACCGGUGAACGUUUUAGGAAUUAGACUUAAGUACAAGGGGGAGGCUCAGGUGUAUUUCACGGAUCGAUCGGCCGGUAUCCGACGUAAGUUUUCGGCGUUCGAGAGCUACCUCCACGUGGAGACUUAUCUGGCUGGUGAUGGUAAAGAAAAGUCGACGAUAACCGGCGGCGUCUACCCGUUCAGCCUGACGCUCCCAGAAAACCUGCCGUGCAGCUUCGAGGGCCGAUAUGGGCGAGUACGGUACUCGAUUAGAGCAUUGUUGGACGUAACGACCAUUUAUCGGUUUUCCACCAAUAUUAUUCCAUUCACGGUGGCCCCUAUUCUUGACCUUAAUCGAGAUCCUCUCGCCGCUUUACCUAUAAACAUUCAACAGUCGAAGGUGUACAUGGGACAAACCGAGCCGAUCAGUGUAUCCAUGUCUCUUCCGGUUCACAGUUACGUUCCUGGGCAAACGAUACCGAUUAAGAUCGCACUGACCAAUCCGUCCACCGUUGCGAUUAAGAAAAUCAGAGUUGUUUUUAAAAAAGUGGUGACCUAUCAUGCCACGGAAAAGUCUCGUAAGCAUAAAGAGAUCGUAGUAGAAAUAGAACAGCCUGUUAAUAAAGAAUCCGAAACGUACGACGUCUUGUUCGACGUUCCUGCAGUACCACCCACGGGGAUGAUCCACUGCACCAUCAUCGACGUUGUAUACACGUUGAAAGUCGAAGCCUGCGUAGACGUGAGCGAGUGGUACUACAGAUUGUUUCAGAAGAACUUGAAACUGCGAACGAAUAUAGUGGUCGGCACGGUACCACUCGAAAAUUACGAGACCCCGCAAAAAAUGGAGGACGUGACGGAAGCUUUUCCAGCUCGUCCACCGUGCACAACGACCACCGAAGAACGCGGCAACAACGCGUCACCAUUGAAAAACAUCGAGAAAGAGGAGAUUACGAAGUCGAAUUUGUCUCCAGUGCCACUCUACGAGAAAAGUCAGAUAUAUCGAUCCUCGAAACCAGACAGAGACGAUCCCACGGGGGAUGAAGGCGACAGUGACGGAGAGGUCAAGCCAUAUUCGCCUAUGUAUCGUGUGUACAACUUCAAAUCCUCCCGGAAGAAGGGGAAAUAAUUACAAUACGAGCAAGCGGAAAGGAAAAUUUAACUCUCGCGCUACCGAAGGGGAUGCUUUUUACUCACCAUGACAUUUCUUAACUACAAUUAAAUUUAAUUACACUCUGUUUUUAAUUGAUCAUUAAUCAUUGAUAAUUUAAAUAAUAAUAAAUGUAAUAAGUUACAUAUUAUUAUUCUAAUUAUUAUUGCAUUCAUUAAUUAGACUUCAUUAUUAUUAUUCUUCAUUCUCUUAAGGGCGAAUGUCAUCACAUUUGUAACAUCAAACUUCGAUAUCUCAAACUGAAAGUUCCAACCAAGUAAUUUAAUUAUUUAAAUAGCAAAACACAAAUCUACAAUUUUCUUCUUUUCUAUUAUUUAUAGUGUUUCACGUAUAAUCUAGGUUUUUAUAAAAAAGAAUGUUAAUACUCUAAAAAAUUCUCAUGCGCAAGGGGUUAAUGUUUUAAAUAAUAUUAACAUUCUUCAGGAUAGACAUCCCUUGUUUUAGGAAUAAUUUAAAUGUUUCUCAGUGGACUCGCGUACAGUUCACAAAAUAGUAGCGCGAGGGUUAAAAAGAAGAAUCUCGUUUAACUAUUCGUUGAAACUAGAUGUUCGUUAGCGAUAUCUCUUAACGGAUCCGCGGAAGAUGUUGAAAUUGCACGAAGGAGGUUGAAAACGGAACAACCGGUUCCAGAGAUUUUUAUAUUUUCACGUGUGCCGGUUCGGCGCAUGAAUUUACGUCCAAUUUCGCGUUCGUAUCGAUUAACGAGUUGCCUUCAAUUCCGCCUUUGUUUCUUAUUUUCGCCGCGCGGCGAAGUAAAAAGGAUCAUUAAAACGAAAGAAGCGCGCCGUGAGCGAGAUAUUAAAAUCCGUUGGGACCAACCCGCGCGGCUAAUUAAAUUCCGUAAUUACGCGAGCAACUUGCCGGGGAAGUUAUUCUAUAAUAAUUGUUCGGACUGCGAAAUCUCCAAUACCAUCGGGACAAAGUUUGCAAAGCGCGUAACAACGUGUACUGCUUUAAUGUCCGAUACGAAUGUUCCCAACGACUUCGGCCAGCGUUACGAUCCGCCUUACUCAUUAAGUACCCGGCGAGGAAAAAAAAAAAUUGUUAACUAAGUUACAAAUUCUGCGCGACGAGAUAACCGAGCGAUUUCUCUUCGUUAGUGUCUUAUUAUUAAAUUCUACUACUCAAUUCCACUCCACUCGUUUACUGUGUACCGCGUAAACAAUGGAAAAAGUGUUUGUCUUCAUAAAUAACAGCGAUAAAAGCUGCGAAUGUUGGCAUAUUUAUUUUGUAUACGAAUGUGCAACGUAGAAUAAAAUAAGAAUCAUAGGAGAGUUCGACAGAUAUGUAUUUUAAGCGAAAUUAUGCGAUAGAGGAAAUAAAUGUAUGUUUCAUUUUGCUUCGGACGGCUAUGGAAAUGUGAAUUUGUAUUAAUAACCUGACUGUCGUAAGAUAAAUUACGUUACUAAUGCAACAGGUUGUAAUUCGAUAAUUUCGUGUAUGUAAUAGUGGAAUUUGAUGUGAGGAAUGGAAUAUUUCUGUUCUAUGUCUGUGACUGGAUUAUUAUAUCCUUUGACUACGUGGUCAACUUGAUAUACUCAGUGUCUACUAAGUAAGCCUUCUGAAUGAAUAAAUGGGUAACCUUAAAUUAAGUGAUGUUAAAAUUGCAUUACUUUAU